AUGCGGGGAGCCGGAGGCGACGACGUCCUCUGGGCGAAGGCCGCCGAGCUGGAGCGGCAGUUCGAAGGGUACAAGCGGCGGCUCCCCGAGAGGAGGAAGGACCCCGCCACCGCUGCCGUGGCGGUGGCUGAUCGCCCCGACGGCGCCGCGGAGGAGGAAGAUGAGGAGGCGGCGGCGGCGGCGGUGGUGGGGAGGGGGAGGAGGUACGACGCGUACGUGCGGCGGAGGGACGAGAAGCUGCGGCAGGGAUGGCGCGCGCGCAUGGAGCGGAAGGAGGCCGAGAUGAAGGCGCUCUGGGCGCACCUCGCCGCCGGCCAUGACAAAGAGCAAAAGCCCGGGAAUUUGGAGGUGAAACCAUCCUCUUCUUCGACGCCAAGAAGCAGCUCGGCGAUGAAGGCGAGCCUCUCACGUGCCAGGACUCCCAGGGGCAGCAUGCCGUCGCCGGCCGGCGCGGCGGCCAGCCCAAGGCUGUCUUCCACCCCCGACGCGCGACGGCGAGCGCCGCACCGUGAGCCGUCGCAGGCGGAGCCACCGUCCACGCCACGGAAAGAGAACAGGGUGCCGUCCGCUGCUGCGGCGGCGACGGCGACGACGCCGAGGCUGAGGACGCUGUCACGGAGCAGGAGCUCGCUCAAGGAGCCCAACCGCUCGUCGUUCUCCGUUAUGGACAGCCCGAGGAGGCCACCGCCGCGGCUACAGUCCCCGCGGCCUAGCCAUGCCGGCGGCGCCGGGGACAGGCCGAAGCAGCCGCCCGCUCCUGCGCCGACCGCCGCCGACGCCGUGGCGCAGGGCUGUCGGAAUCGGCAGGUCGUCAUCGCCGAGAUCAAGACGGCCGCCGCGUCUCGCCUUAGGAGAUCAGGCAAUGGCGCCGGGCAGGGGCAGCCCGCCGCCUCGCCGCGUCCGGUGAUUACCAAACAAGUUGACGGUCGUCGCAGGCCGUCGGACACGGGCAAGAUGAUCUCCAGAGAUUUAGUCAUCGAAUCAAACAAUUUCAACAUCAAUGAUGAUGACACUGCACAAUCUUCAGUUGAACUUGGUGGAUUUUUAAAGAUCACCGGCGACUCUGACACCGAGCCGAGCUACGUCUACAUCAAGAAGGACAGCGAACUCGAAGAGGAAGCCAUGACCAUGAACUCAUCUCAAGCAAUGGCAGGCUCUGGUUCAAAUGCUGAAGAGGCAGAGCAUCAAUCGGAGAAGGAAACCGGAGAUCCCGAGGAGAAAACAACGGCGCCGUCUGACACGACGGCGAAAGAAAGCCCAGCGACCGACCAAGAGGACUCGUCGCCGCAGAGCUCCGACCAGUCGUUCUACUCAAACGUGGACUCCUCCUUCUCCCACAGGUCGUCGGAGCUUGCCGCCUCGCCCACCGACUCGCCGCUGCACGGCUCGCCGUCGAGCACCGGCCCCUCCACCGAGCAGCUGCUGGAGGCCGACGCCGCAAUGCUGAGGAAGAGACGGGAGGAGGAGGAAGACGACGACGCAACCGCCGCCGAGAUCAAGAACCUUCUAAUCAUCCCGGGCACCACGACGAGCAGCAGCAGCGUUGCUUCUCCCGUCGUCGCCGUGCAGUCGCCGACGGAGGCAGUGGCAGGGCUCAAGCGGUUCCUGACCUUCGGCAAGAAGAACGGCAACAUCAAGGCCGGCGAUGAGGUCACCGCCGCCGCCGUGGCAGAUGACGACAGCGUCGGCGAGCGAUGGCGGUCAGGCGAUUCCGGCGUCAUUCCGAGGAUCUGCUCCUCCGAUGCUGCUUCGGAUGAUUCAGACAACAACUAUGUCAUCCCUGCACACGUUCGUUCCUUGCAAAGUUGUGUGCCGUGUUCUCCUGCAAGGCCUGUACUGCUGAAGGAGCUGAUUUCAUCGGCAAAAUCCCCAAGAGCACAUCGCUCGUUCUUCUCGUUUUCAUCGUUUAAGUCCAGAGGAUACUGAUACUGACCAUUGGUGAUGCAGCGAUCAGCACUUGUACCGGUUCUUUUCUUUUAUUGAAUAUGAGGAAAUUCUUCCAGAUUACAUCGAUUAAUAGAUAAAUUCGAACAAACCUGUAUGAAUGUUUUGGGACACUACUUGCUGAGACUACUACUUGGAGAACCACUUGUAAUUAAACUAUGGUGCAUGUCAGCAUGUGUUA